AUGGCUCUGGAGUUAGUCGGUGGAGCUUUUCUCUCUUCAUUUCUGUCUGUUUUGUUUGACAGACUUGCCUCUCGUCAAGUAGUUGACUUCAUCUCCAAACAGAAAGUCAACUAUGGAUUGCUCAGGAAGUUAAAGAUGAAGCUGCUUUCUGUGAAUGCAGUGCUCGAUGAUGCAGAGGACAAGCAAUUCAGAAACCCGAAUGUGAGGGAGUGGCUUGACGAGCUUAAACAUGCUUUGUAUGUUGCAGGGGACUUGCUCGAUGAGAUCACUACCGAAGCUCUAGGUAGUCAGGUACAUGAUCUCAGCUCUACUAAUUCAACAUUUGAAUUUGACAAAUCUAUGGAGCACAAGUUAUUUGAGACCCUCGAGAGAUUAGAACUUAUUAUGAAGGAAAAAGAUGAGAUUGGUUUGAAAGAAAGUUUUAAAGAUAAACCACAACCAGCAAGAUCACUUGAAGUUUCUUCUCUGGUAAAUGAUUUUGAUGUGUAUGGAAGGGAGGAGGACAAGAAGUUCAUCAUUAACUUGCUGUUGUCGGAUAAUGCAACCGAUGAUAAGUUGAGUGUGGUUCCUGUUGUGGGAAUGGGUGGGAUUGGAAAGACAACUCUUGCUCAGCUCGUAUACAACGACGAAAGAGUGAAGCUACAUUUUGACCUCCAGGCAUGGGUUUGUGUAUCUGUAGAAUUUGAUAUUCUUAGAACAACACAGAAACUGUAUGGUUCAAUUACUUCACAAUCUUGUGGUGUGACAGAACUUGAUCUGCUUCAAGUCAAACUGAAGGAACUUUUGACAGACAAAAAGUUUCUCCUUGUUCUAGAUGAUGUUUGGAAUGAGAAUAAUAUCGACUGGGAUGUAUUUAAGCGUCCAUUUGAAUCAGGAGCACGAGGGAGUAAGAUUAUUGUCACGACACGCAUUGAAGGUGUUUCUUCUGUGAUGGGUACUGUUGCAAGUCACCGUUUAAUGCAAAUGUCUGAGGAGGAUUGUUGGUUGUUAUUUGCAAAGCAUGCCUUCAAAAAUGCUGAUGUGCUGAGGUCAAAUCCAAAUCUUGAAGUAAUUGGAAGACAGAUCGUUGGAAAAUGUAAAGGCCUUCCUUUAGCUGCAAAGUCACUUGGAGGUCUCUUACGCUCUGAAUUGAGUAUUGGGAAGUGGGAAAAUGUACUGAAGAGUGACUUGUGGGACUUGUCGGAUAGGGAAAUGAACAUUCUGCCUGCUUUGUGGUUGAGCUACCAUCAUCUGCCUUCACAUCUGAAGCGUUGUUUUGCCUAUUGUUCGAUAUUUCCCAAGGGUUACGAAUUUAAAAGAUCAGAGUUAGUCUUGUUGUGGAUGGCUGAAGAUCUCCUACAACCGAAAAAUAAGAAAACGCUGGAAGAAAUUGGAGAGGACUACUUUGAUAUUCUAAUCUCAAGGUCAUUUUUCCAACAUUUAUUUGAUAAUUAUCACCAUGAUCCGAUUUACACCAUGCAUGAUCUCAUCAAUGAUUUGGCAAAGGUUGUAUCAGGAGACUUUUGUAUUAGGUUGGAAGAAGAAGAGUCGAUCAACAAUGUAAGCAAAGCUCGUCACUUUUCAUAUAUAAAGAGCAGUGAUCAUGGCUUUGAGAAAUUUGAGGCUUUAUGUAGAGCAAAGUACCUGCGCACCUUCCUACCAUUCCGAUCAUAUUCUCCUCAUCAGUACUUUCCAAUGUCAAAUAAGGUACUAUAUGAUCUACUGCCAAUGCUACAAUAUUUAAGAGUGCUCAAUUUAUCAGAUUACGAUAUUAAGGAGUUGCCCGGUUCAAUUUGCAACUUGAAACAUCUUAGGCACUUGGAUUUGUCUCGCAGUUCUAUUGAAAAAUUGCCUGAUACACUGUGUAGCUUGUAUAAUCUACAAACAUUAGUGUUGCGGAAUUGUGGAGCUAUUUCUACGUUGCCAAGCCAUUUUGGGAGAUUACUCAACUUGCGCUAUCUUGAUCUUCGAGGGACAGGGUUAGAAAAGAUGCCACCAAACAUGGGUAAACUGAAAAAUCUGCAAGUUUUAACUGAUUUCAUAUUAGACAAGCACAGUGGCUAUAACAUUGCAGAGUUAAAGGAGCUUCAGAAUUUGCGCGGAACACUUCAUAUUUCCGGGUUGCAUAACAUUAUCCAUGUUGGAGAUGCUUUGGAGGCCAAUAUGAGGGACAAGAAGAAUCUCACUGAGCUAGCCUUGAAAUGGGGAGAUGAUAUUGAGGAUUCACAAAAGGAUAGAGAAGUCUUGGAGAAGCUCCAACCCCAUACAAACCUAAAAGACCUUGUGUUAGAGUUGUAUGGUGGUACAAGGUUUCCGGAUUGGUUAGGAGAUGAAUCUUUCUCCAAUCUAGCUUAUGUCAGAUUUUCAGAUUGUAAUUUCUGUUGCUUCUUGCCACCACUUGGGCAGCUACCCUCCCUAAGAACGCUCUGGAUUCAGAGGUUAAAUGAAGUAGUGUCUAUAGGUCCUGAGUUUUAUGGUAGCAUCAGAAAUGGGGUAUUGAAGCCAUUUAGAUCUCUGAAAGAAUUAAGGAUUAUGAAUAUGAUGGAAUGGCGAGAAUGGUAUGAUCUUGGUGGUAAUACAGAAGGUGGAGUUUUUCCUAAUCUUUGUGGUCUCCAUAUUAGUAAUUGUCCCAAGCUAAGUGAGAUAUUACCAUUGGAUAACUUCCCAAAGCUUGAAUGGCUAGAGUUGUGGAAUCUAGAAUCCUUCAGUGGUUCACUUCCACAAGAAUCUCAUUGCGUUGUGGCCCUCUCUCUUAGUAGAUUGGAAAUAUGGGGUUGCCCGAAUUUUGCAUGCUUUCCUAGUUAUAGUAGGAUAAAUGCUCCCAAAUUGGCAGAUUUGGAUAUCCAUACAUGUAUGAAGUUUCAGUCCUUGCCAGAACAAAUGCACACCUUUGGGUCAUUUCUUCAGCAUUUGACCAUACGAAAUUGUCCAGAACUGGAAUCAUUUCCCGAAGGAGGAUUGCCACCGGCAUUGAAAUCUCUCGAGUUUCAUUGCUCUAAAAGACUUUUUGCAAGCCGCUCACAAUGGGGUCUAUCAAGACUAAGCUCUCUUAGGAAGUUGAUAAUCAGAUUCAAGGAAUGUGAAGCAGAAGUGGAUUCAUUUCCAGAGGAGGGGAUGCUACCAACCUCCCUCACUUCUCUCUCCUUUUCUACUCUCCCCAGUGCUAUGAGAAUGGAUGGCAAGGAGUUGAAACGCCUUACUUCUCUUGAAGAUUUGGCGAUAUUGGAUUGCCCUGAGCUCCGAACGAUGCCAGAGAGACAAAGGCGAAGAUUGGCCUAA